CCUUCCUCAUCACUUCUACUUGCUCCACUUCACAAAUCUCACUCUCUCACAGGACUCCUCUCUCUCACACACACACACACACACACACACCGCUUUGGACUUGGAAGUAGAAGAAGCAGAACGAAGAUGGGUUCUGUAUCUCUAAAAAUAGGUGAUGGAACAGCCAGAUUCAGAAGAGCAACUCUGUGCUCUUCAGCACUCAACAUUCUCAUGCUCUUCUCUGUCCUCACCACCAAUCUCUUUGCUCUCUACGCUUUCACAUCUUCCCCAAAGGACCACCAAAACCAACUACUUCACCACACUCACAAGAACAUCUCUCUCAUAUCCGAGCAGGUCUCACUUAUCCUCGGUGAGAUCGCUGUCUCACAGAGAAAGCUUGCCAGGAUGGAAAAAGAGCUUCUUGGCUAUGAAAGCUUCGAUCUUUCAAGACCCAACCUUGCAAACGAGCUCAAACUCUUUCUCCACCAUCAUCAGCUCCCAUUAGGUAAGGACUCAAAAAGUGGGAUCACUGAAAUGGUGGCUUCUGUGGGCCAUUCCUGCGAGAAAUCUGUGGACUUUUUGUCUCAGUAUAUGACUUACAAGGUCUCUGGGCCUUGCCCUGAUGAUUGGAGCGUUGCCCAGAAGCUAAUUUUGCGUGGAUGUGAGCCUUUGCCCAGAAGGAGAUGCUUUGCCAAGUCUAUUCCCAAGGUGGGUCUUUUUCCUUUUCCUAUUUCGCUUUGGAAACCUGUUAGUGAUAAGAUUGUUAGUUGGAGUGGACUUGGAUGUAAGAAUUUUGAGUGUUUGAAUAACAAGAAAUUUAGUACUAGAGAUUGUGUGGGUUGUUUUGAUUUGGUUAAUGGGUAUGAGAAUCAGAGAUUUGUUAAGGCUAGAAGCAAAAAUGAUUUUCUUGUUGAUGAUGUUUUAGCUUUGGGAAAUGGAGGGAUAAGAAUUGGAUUUGAUAUUGGAGGAGGGUCUGGGACCUUUGCUGCUAGAAUGGCAGAGAGGAAGGUAACUGUGAUCACCAACACUUUGAAUAUUGAUGCCCCUUAUAGUGAAUUCAUAGCUGCAAGAGGACUUUUCCCUCUAUACUUAAGUUUAGACCAUCGGUUCCCUUUCUAUGAUAAUGUGUUUGAUCUGGUUCACGCAUCGAGUGGAUUGGAUAUCGGUGCUAAACCUGAGAAACUGGAGUUCUUGAUGUUUGACAUUGAUCGCAUUUUGAGGGCUGGUGGGUUGUUUUGGUUGGAUAAUUUUUACUGUGCUAAUGAUGAGAAAAAAAGGGAGUUAACAAGGUUGAUUGAAAGAUUUGGAUAUAAAAAGAUGAAAUGGGUUGUGGGGGAGAAGGUGGACACAGUUGGGGCAGGGAAACUGGAGAUCUAUUUGUCUGCAGUUUUACAAAAGCCGGUGAGAGUAUGAUACUCAGGAGCUUCAGUAGGAAACUGCAAGAGGUAAGUUAUCUCUUGAUAUUCUCGUCUUUGCUCGCACAGAGAUCGUGUGAGUUAAUUGCUUAUCAUCCUCAUGAUAUUGCUUCAAAAGCAGAAUAAGUGCAUCAAUUGUUUCUUUUCCUAGCUGCAAAUCAUCAGUGAAGGAUAAUAUGUUCUGUAGCUUAGUAAGGCUGUUAUAUCUCUUAUAUGGUACAUUAGGGGAUUGUAGCUAGCUUGGUUAUUUGGACAAUCAAUUGUUAGGAAAUGAAAGAAUCAUAGUGUAUUUUUGCAUUUUUUAUGUUGUAAGUUUUUAGUGUUGAAAUAUGCUGUCCUCUGAAUAAUACUAUUACUUGAAUCA